AACACAGAUCUAGAGCCACCUGUCAGAGGGCUGUGGGCGGGGGCGAAGCGGAGAGGCUCGCAGAACCAGCAGGGAGCUCACGGUCCAAGCUGCCAGCCUGACACCACUAGCCAGGUGGCAUGGGAUAGUGUAAGACUCUGGCAGCUGACGGCAAGGGAGGGAAAGGUGACCGGUCACGGAGGCUAGGCCGAGCAACGGAGGUGGAGGAUCCUAGAGGUGACAGCAAGGAGAGUACGCAGCAGCAAGAGGCCACUGCUGGGCGGGCCCGGAGACUUCGCCGCCGACGCAGGGCAGGCGGAGAGAGGAAGGGCGGGCCGCACCAGGCCGGAGGUGCCAUGUCCCGCGAGCGGCCGCCCCGCACUGACAUCCCCCGCAACCUGAGCUUCAUAGCUGCGCUGACUGAGCGCGCCUACUACCGCAGCCAGCGGCCCAGCCUCGAGGAGGAGCCGAAGGAGGAGCCAGGCGAGGGCGGGCCGCGGCUCGGGGCCCGGUCCCGUGCUCACGCUCCAAGUCGGGGCCGCCGGGCCCGCUCUGCGCCCGCCGGAGGCGGCAGCGCCCGGGUACCCCGCAGCCAUAGUCCCGACACCCGCAAGAGAGUGCGUUUCGCCGACGCUCUGGGGCUGGAGCUGGCCGCCGUGCGCCGCUUCCGCCCCGGAGAGCUGCCCCGAGUGCCCCGCCACGUGCAGGUGCAGCUGCAGCGGGACGCCCUCCGCCACUUCGCGCCGUGCCAGCCCCCCGCCCGCAGCCUCCAGGAGGCGCGCGCAGCCCUGGAGCCGGCCUGCGAGCCCGGCUUCGCCGCCCGCUUGCAGGCUCAGCGCAUCUGCCUGGAACGCGCCGAGGCGGGCCCGCUGGGUGUAGCCGGGAGCGCGCGCGUGCUGGACCUGGCUUACGAGAAGCGCGUGAGUGUGCGCUGGAGCGCAGACGGCUGGCGGAGCCAGCGCGAGGCGCUCGCUGCCUACGCCGGUCCGGCCCCGCCCCCGCCGCGCGCAGACCGCUUCGCCUUCCGCCUGCCCGCGCCGCCGGUUGGGGGCGCCCUGCUCUUCGCCCUGCGCUACCGCGUGACGGGUCACGAGUUCUGGGACAACAACGGCGGCCGUGACUAUGCUCUACGUGGCCCAGAGCACCCGGGCGGUGGCGGAGCUCCGGAGUCCCAGGGCUGGAUCCACUUUAUUUAAGAUGAGGCAGCUGCAGCCCACUGCGGGGGAGGAAUACCCGAGGCCCCAGGAUGCACGCGGAAGCAGAGACUGGCGGGCGGCUG